ACUAAGAGCUGAGCAGCAGAUCAGUGCUAACAUGGUCUCCUUGGAUAAAACUAUGUGGAUUCCAAUGCUACUCAUUUAUUCCCUGCCCGUUUCAGAUGCACUGUGGGCAAAGACACUUGUAAGAGGAGUUGUGGGGAAAAAUAUCACAAUCGCUUGUCACUAUGAAGCAUGGUACCGCUCACACACAAAAUACUGGUGUCACGGGUGGCGUCGCUGGUGUUCAAUUGUAGUGGAAACAAAUGGGCAACACGGACGGAGGGGAAGAGGGUCAAUCACAGAUAACCCGGAACGAGGAAUAUUUACUGUGACUGUGGAGGAUCUUCACUCUGGAGAUACAGGAUGGUACAGCUGUGGAAUUACUACAUCUGGCUUGGAUCCAAUGUUUAACGUUCAGCUCCAAGUAUCUGACGAACCUGUGUCUGUUCCUGUGCUUGGAUUUCUGUCACCAGCCAAUGUCCCCGAUGUCAGAGGCUCAGUGACAGUGUCCUGUAAGUCUGAGCGGGGAUCUCUUCCCAUUAGCUACACCUGGUAUGAAAAUACCUUAAAGAUCUCAAACAACAACAACCUGGAUCUACGUUGUCGAUCCUUCAAACAACAAAGCCAUCAAUAUUACUGCAAAGCCUCAAAUGAUAACGGGACAAAGUCCAGUGAAAUGGUCACUGUGGCAGUGUCUAACACCGGAGAGAAUUGCAGUUAUGUGGUGCAUUUCGGUAACAAUGAACGUAAAGUGACUGAACGAAUGAUGACUACACCGUUUGCAAGUACAGUAAAAAGAUCCAAUGAGAGUCAAAAUGACACCACCCGAUCCACCUGCACUGAAUGUUACAUGAUAUGGAAUGUGGGACGCUGGCUGUACUUCGCUCUGCUAGGGAUCUGCAGUAUCUCGGUCUCAUUGUUCACAAGUAUAAGGAAGGGACCCAAUGAACCGAAACCUCACAGCUUGCCGUAGAAGGCAGAAUGAAGAUCCACUGGUGAUAGUGACUGAGAAACACUCUCCAACAAGACCAAAUGAUCAUUAUUAUUUUGAAUUAAUUAAUUAAUUAAUUGAUUAAUACUUUAUUGUCACAUGUGACAAGUCACAGUGAAAUUCUUUGCUUGCUAACCCAAGGUAUGCAAAUAGUCGCCCAUAAAGGGCAUUGACAAAGUGUUUUUCAUUUUGCUUCCAUAAUAGACUGCACAGAAUUAAUUUUUCUUCUGUUAAAAUUAUUAACUUAGUUUACACAAUAUUCACUCAGUAAAGGUGCCAUCUAAACAAUGUUGCUAGCCUUUAUAGCAAUGACUUAUUAUUUUGUGUUGUGUAGCAUGACAUUGCAGUCAUGAGGAAUAAAUUGUAUUCAA